CUUCGGUAAUGAAUGAACAACGGAGGUUAAUGAAUUCAGCUGUGACUGACGUCUCCAGAUGUCCAAAAGCAGGACCGUCCUCUGUUUUUAAUUUACUGACUCGUCCUCUCAUCUUCUGGAACAUCUCCUCUGUCCUCUGCUGUCGUCCACGCCAGGACAUGACAAAGUUAAACAAAGUGAGACAUGGACAAAAGUAGCUAACACUGCUCAGAGUUGCAGGGACGGCGGAGACGGACGAGUCAUGGCUGAGUCUAAACGCCUGAGAGACAUGAGGGACGAGAAGCAGUGACUGGUGUGGACAACCCUCUGUCUCCUGUAGGAGGAUCGAGAGGAGGAGGAGGACGAUGGCAGAGCCCCUGCUGAAGAGAACUUUCUCCAGACUCCGCUCCCGCAGGAAGACGGAUCCCAAAGUUAACGAUGUUCCGGUCCAGACUUCCUCCCCACCAUCAUCACCGGUGGUGCCUGACCCUCCCUCACCCCUUCGUAACCACAUUACAGUGGCUAAAAAACAGCAGUGGGCGAAACAAGGUGCUGGAGCUCCGCCCACUUACCUGUGCAUAGGCUCCUCCCACAAACCCCACAGUAAGGAAGGUCCAGCAGUGACAGCCCACGAUAUACAUGGAAAUACCCGGAGGCAGAGUCCUCAACAGGAUCAGGUCGACUCCUGCAGUGAUCGGACCGUCACGUGUUUAUCGUGGGACCGAAACAGCCCUCCCUGUGUUGUGGCCGCUUCUACCGCAGUUUAGCAGGAUGCCCCUUCACCAGCAGGAGGCUCCACUGACAUCAGUGCCUCAACCACCGGAAAACGAUCAGGGCAGCGUUCGUACCUCCAGAGUCUGGAGCGCAGCAGCAGAGCCUGGGUGCUGUCCUCGGGAAAGACCCAGGGCUCAGAGGACCAGGGAGGUGGAGGACGAGGUAUGGAGGAGAAGGGAAGACCCAGAGGACAGAACCUCCACCACAGAGGGACCAGGAGACACUAGAGCAGAACUCAGAGGACCCUGGGUUAGGUCAGCAGAGGUACGAGGCACCGUCGGUCCACCAGAGGGAGCUAAUCCCAGCAUCAGGCACCAAGUCGAUGACAUCACAACUGAAAGUACAGAGCCCACGUCACUGGACUCCAGCCCCAACACUCAAAAGAAAGUGGGCGUGUCUGGCAGCGUCAUGGAGCGCCUGCGGUCUCCUGGCACCGUCAGAAAACUGUCAAUGAAGAUGAAAAAACUCCCUGAGCUGCGACGCAAACUCAGCCUUCGUUCAUCCCGGUCUCAGCGACAAGGAGGUGACAACAGAGGAGGUGCAGAUGAAUGGGUCACCAAGACUGUGACAUCAUCAUCGGCAUCCAACCAGAACGUCAUCAGCAGGUACCACCUGGACAGCUCGGCCCCUCCUGCACGACCUCUGCGACGAUCCUCCAGGGGACGCUCUGCAGGAAGAGGAGGUCACCUGAGCGAUGGAGACUCUCCUGAACUUCUGCCACGGCAACAAGCUCCGCCCUCUCCUCCUCAACCAAUGAGCUCCCAGGAACUGAGCUGCGACAUGUCGUCGUUCAGGUUGUAUCUGGGUUCUGAACCACAGCGCAGCAGCCAGAGGGUCAGUGGGUUGCUGACCGUCCACCUGCUGGGCCUGGAGGAGAUGAAGAGCUGCAGGUCCGACGACAGUAAGGACAUUUUCCUGGCCAUACAGGUGGACGGAGUGACCAGAGCGAGGACGGCCCUCCUCAACCUGAGAAGCUCCGCCCUCUCAUUAAACCACACCUUCCACCUGGAACUGGAGCGAGCGAGGAAGCUCCGGGUCGUGGUGCUCACACCAGCCAAUCCACACGGUGUGGGCAGGUCCAGAGCAACAGGGCAGAGUGACAGGUCAGAUGGGCAAACCAGGAACAGAGUCUGCUGUCUGGGCGGAGUCUCAAUCCCACCACUUUUUAAAGGGAGUCGGAGUCAGCAGCUGUGUGUGAAGCUGGAGCCUCGGGGUCUUCUGUAUGUCAAACUCUCACUGCAGGAAAAGUGGGACACUCAGACCAACAGUGACUCCUCAGUUCCUGCCAAUGUGUUUGGGGUGGAGCUUCACCACCUGGUGGAGAAGGAGGGUUCUGCAGUCCCAAUUCCUCUGCUCAUCCAGAAAGCUGUGGCGGAGAUCGAACAACGUGGACUCAAGGUGGUGGGCCUUUACCGUCUCUGUGGUUCGGCUGCAGUGAAGAAAGAACUCAGGGACUGGUUCGAAAGGAACAGUUCUGCAGUUUGUCUGAGUGAAGACCUUUACCCCGACAUCAACGUCAUCACAGGUAUUCUCAAGGACUAUCUUCGAGAACUUCCGUCUCCUCUCAUCACCACCAACCUUUACCAGGUGGUCAGAGAUGCCAUGACCCUACAUCCUCUGACCUCUGACCCACAGAGGACGGUGGAGCUGCUCUCCUGUCUGCCCCCACCUGAGAGGGCCACACUGUCACUCCUGCUGGACCACCUCAGUCUGGUGGCUUCGUUCAGCUCCUUCAACAGAAUGACUCAGCAGAAUCUGGCCGUCUGCUUUGGACCUGUGCUGCUCACGCCCACGCAGGAGGCGUGGCAGCGUGGUAUGGGCGGGGUCAGGGGAGGAAGAGGAGGGUUUAAAGGCCUCGCUCAUAACCAGGAGAUGGCGAGUGCAGUGGAUUUUAAACGACACAUCGAGGCGCUGCACUACCUGCUGCAGCAGUGGCCCGUGCCAAAACGUCAGUUCUCAGAAGACGACCAGGCCUCUCCUCCCCCCUCUCCGUUAAUUACCCACGAUCCCCUGCUGCGCUCACAGCUUCCCACCCUUCGUCUGUCCAUGCCGCAGGCUGAGGAGACGGUGGUGUCGCGGCGAGGGAGGAGUGGGCUCGGCCGACUGGACAGUCCACCGCCAAUCAACCGGUAUGCAGGAGACUGGAGUGUGUGUGGUCGAGACAUCCUGUCUGGACAGGAAGCGGACUACGACGAGGUGGCGGGAAGUGAGAGUGACGAAGACAGCGAGGAGGAGGAGGAGGAGGAACCAAAGAAGGAGCUGUGGCCACCAGGUGGAGGCACAGCCCUGUACGUGGAGGACUUCCUGGACUUUGACGCUCCGUUUAACUGUCGACUGAGCCUGAAGGACUUUGACAAUCUCAUCCACGACCUGGAUCGAGAGCUGGCCAAACACAUCAACAUCUGUCUGUAGGACACCUCUGCUCUGCACUCACUUCACUCCCUGGUCUUUAUGAAAAACACAAACUCUUUGUAGGUAAUCCAUGUCCAGACUAAAGGAGCCACAAGACCACAACACAAGCACUUCCUGUUACAGGGUGUGUAACGCUGUGACCGCGCCCUCUCCUUGUGUGGCUGUAGUUCUUGCUGUUGUUGUUGUUGUUGUUUGUUGUUGGUAUCAGGGUCAUGUCGUAUGAGACUCGAUUGCACUGUUGAAGCCAUAGUUUCAGUUGUUGAAGCACCGACUUGUCAGAACCACAGGUUAUUGACGGUCCUUCAUUUCCCUCUAGUUGUCCUGCAGGUAACUGCGACUUUUGUACAACUGUUGCUUGUCCCAGCAGGUUCCUGAAGGUACUGCAGAUCUCUGCUGUUCCCGCAUGCUUUUUAUUGGCCCAUACCGUCUCUGCUUGUUUUAGAACACCUGUAACUCCUGCAGGCCUCUAAGGGUCCAGCAGGUGUCACUCAACCCAUGAAACACCCUUUACUGUUCUUUUUCUCAUAUUAGUGCCCCCUACUGGUCCUGAAGGUCUGCUGGUCUUGAACAAACUCCGUUGGUCCUGCAGGUCUCUUCGUAGGUCUUUUUUCGACUCAGCAGGGCUUCAGUAUAUUUAGCGGUACAGUUGUUGUUGACAGUAUUAUUUCUUUUGCACAAACAUAAACAAGCACUUAUGUAAUUUUUAUUGACGAUGUUGUGAUGAUGUCACUGAAGUGACCAAGCACAAACAGCAGUUUGUUUUAUUUACCUGAAGAAUAAAAACACAGUUUUAUUAUCAAAC